UAUGGAUCAACAUUGAUUUCAUAAAAUUCGUUAUUUCAAAACCUGUAACAUAGAUAUCUCUCGUUUUAGACUACAGAAUAAUGGAUUCAAAGUCAGAUUUCAGACAAGGUCAAACAAGCAUUUCGGAAAACUCCUGUACAGUGGAACGGAAUAUUCCAGGCAUGGAUAAAAAGAAAGCAAACAAUAUCAUUACAAAAUGGAAAAUGCAUCCAAAGAAUGACAUCGUCGGAUGGGAAGACAGAAGGCGCCUUGCAUUAGAACGACAUAUCAAACGAAAACGAAAGAGGCGGCCAUAUGUGAAAAGGAAAAUUCAACUGGAUGCAACAGAGCAUGCUUUUAGCAAGAAUCUACCAGAUCAAGAAGGAAAGAAGCAAGACGUUCCUGGAAUGCUAGAGAAAGCGGAUGAGAAGUUAGAAGUGGAGCUAAUAGAAGAUUCUACCGAGAAACAACUUGGCAAUGCUGAUUGUCAUGAGGUGGACAAUGGUUUGAAUGUGGAUAAAAUGGAACUUUGCCAUGUGAUGAAAGACAAUAUAAAUGAAAAAGCAAAGAAGGAUUCACCAAGAAGGAAUGCAGGCAAUGAGAAGCGACAAAAAGUUGUAAAACUGAAUAAAUUAAUGGACAAUUUGCUAAACAAAAUAAAAUGGGAAACUAUCACCAACGCAAAAGUUGAACAGGAAUCGAGGAGUCAGUGUGAAGAAAAAUUAUCCGAAAAUGAAAAGGAGGGGCCAACUAAGGACGGCAUAGAGGCAUGUUGGCGGAAUAGUGAUCAGAAUACUGGAACUCUCGGGGAGAUGGGAGAGGAGAACAUUCUGAAUGACAGACAUCUUGAGAAGCCUACCCAAACCGAGAAAAAAGAGCGUACAAAUGCUACUGACAGUGAAAGCAGAAUGGCCGAGAUAAGAGAGGAUGAUGGAUAUGAAGAAGAUGAUGAUGACGAUGGUUUCAUGCCAAGGAAGUUAUUUUUCUUCAGUUUUGAUCAUUUUAAGAAAGAAGAGCCACUUGCAUAAAGGGAAGAGCGUCUGGUGAACCAAAAGAAGGAUAAACUAAACAUAUUGUCGUUUUUUUUUCAAUAAUAUAACGAGCAUUGUAACUAAGUAAUAAAAAUUCUAGUUUACCC